UCAGCAUGUGGAAAAUCUUUCAACCGACAUGGACAUCUUACUCAACAUAAGAGAGUUCAUGCUGGAGAGAAACCUUUUAAAUGUAGUGAAUGUGGGAAAUCCUUUAGCCAAAGUGGACACCUUUCUACACAUAAGAUGGUUCAUACUGGGGUGAAACCCUUUGAAUGUAAAGAAUGUGGGAAAUCCUUUAGGUGGCAACCAGAUCUUUUUAAACAUAAGGUAAUUCACACUGGAGAGAAGCCCUUUAAAUGUAGUGAAUGUGGAAAAUCCUUUAACUGGCAUCAAGACCUUAGUAAACAUAAGAGGAUUCAUACUGGAGAGAAGCCUUUUGAAUGUAAUGAAUGUGGGAAGUCUUUUACUUGGAGUGGGCAGCUUACUACACAUAAGAGAAUUCAUACUGGAGAGAAGCCCUUUAAGUGUAGUGAAUGUGGGAAAUCCUUCAGGCAGAGUGGGCAGCUUUCUGAACAUAAGAGAAUUCAUACUGGAGAGAAGCCCUUCAAGUGUAGCGAAUGUGGGAAAUCCUUUAACCGGAGUGGUCACCUUACUGCACAUAAACGAAUUCAUACAGGGGAGAAACUCUUCAGCUGUAGUGAUCAUCUUACUGAAUAUCAGAGAAUCCACACUGCGGAGGAACCACCUUAAAUUCAGUGAAGGUAGGAAAGUAUUUGACAUAAAGGUUCUACUAAGCAUAAAAGAAUUCCUAUCAGAGGAAAAUCUUUGAAUGUGUUCAGUAUAGGAAAUCAUUUAGCUGCAGUGGACAACCUGUGUAACCUAUGGGAAAUCUUUUUAGCCAGACAGGAGAGAAAAUCCCUUCAGUGUUGUGAAUUUAGUCAGUCUUUUAGUUGAACAUAAGUGAAUUCAUAGGAGGGCCAAAGAUUUUUGUAGAAGUCAGAAGUUUUACUGACUUGUGAAUUGCCUUGAAAUGACAACAUCCUAUGUUGUUUGUGUGGUAACAAUUAUUUUAUAGUAGUUUCACAAGUCCUGUGGUCUUCAUUUGUAUGGGAAACCCCUCUACCAAUGCAACUCAGUACAGACUCUUCAACUUAGAGGCAAAAAAGUUGCCCAAGGGGUAGUAAGAGGCUCUGAUUUGCCCUGGAUCACAUUUUGUUUUUACAUUGCCUUUAUUUCUUACUCUCAGCUCUCCCCAACUUUGUUUCAGAGAACCAUUCCUUAAAAUAAAAAUAAAAGUUCAUCAAAUUCAACUCGCAUGUUGAAAAAGCCUGACAUUAUAUGUGACUUUCCAAAUUUAACCCCCCCCCCAAAAAAAUUCACUAUGAUCCAGUUGAAUUUGUAACAGGAAUCUAAGGGUUGUUAACAUCAGCAAAACAUUUUAUAACCAUGAUUAUCUCAGUAGAGGCAGAAAACAGCUUUUUAUGAGGAACAGUACUAAUUUAUACUUUAAAGUGCUAUAAAGUUUUAUAAAAUGCAUAGAAGGAUCUUUUCUUUAAAAAUAUGAUCCAAAGUGUCUUAAGCCAAGUUAACAUUAUAUUCAGUGGAGAAACACAAAGUUUUCUCGAUAAAACAUAAGUAAAGCAGGAAUGGACAACUUUCCUCACUGUUUAACAGUUCUAGAAAUUCCAGAAGUAGCUAUAAAAUAUAGAAAAGAAAUUAAAAACAUUAAGGUGGACAACAGACAAAACUGUCCCUAUUUGCUGAUAACAUUACGGCUUACUUAGAAGAUCCUAAGCAGUCAACAAAGAAACUGACACCACAGCUUCAGUAAGACGCAGACUGCAAAAUAAACCCACAGAAAUCAACAGCAUUUUUGUAUGGCAGCCUUAAAAUCCCCGAAGAAAUAGUGAGGUCCUAAUCACAAUAAAGGGCAGCUAAGUGGCACAAUAGAUAGGAGUGCCAUUCUUCAUCCUGAGUUCAGAUCUGGCCUCGGACACUU